AGAAGGAAGACACACAGAGGAACCUGAUCAGGGAAGAAGAAAAAAAAGGAAAAAUGAUGGCUGGGAGAUCUGCGUCACUCCGCUUCAUUUUACUGUCCAUCUGUGUCCUGGUGGUCUCUGCAGACCAGCGGAUCUUCACACGUCACACUGGCACGAAUGUGACUCUGGAAUUUCCAGUUCCCACUGACACCACAGCCAUAUGGCUAAAAAGACCCGGCAGUGAUAAAUAUAUCUUCCGAAACGGACACCCCACUCGUCUCGAACACCAGGAGGAGUCGUUUAAGGGCCGGGUGGAGGGGACGGACUGUGAUAAGAUCAAUGGCACCGUCACCAUAACUCUGAGCAAUCUGAUCAGUAGUGACAACGGGACAUAUGAGUUUCAGGGCAUGGACAGUGAUGGAAGACGCUUCAAUGAAACCAUCUUCCUGAAUGUCACGGACCCAGGUACAACAGGAGGACACACAACAGAGGAUGGAGUCAAUGCUGCCCUGUGUCUUUGUCACUUCUGGUGGUGCAAGAAGACGUGGAGAUCCUUCAGCUCCUCCAGGAUCAUACAUCCAUACAUGCUGUCUCAAGAAGGUUUGUGUGGUGAAAAUACCAGGAGACAGGACAUCAUGAGGACAGAGCUGUAGGGGGGCAUGAACCAUCCAACGGGACUGGUAUCUGUAUUGUUGUGCAUCCCAAAUCCUCACAAGAUGCCAUCUCAUUCUCAAAAUGUUGGCUUUAAUACUGUUGUCCAAUCUUUCAUUUCAGAUACUCUAAAGUCUAGAACACGAAUUCAAGAGAGUAGAGUUUAUAUGUAGUUGAAUCCCCAAACUCAAAAGGUCAGUAGGAAGGAAGCAGGUGUCCUGAAGACGUGGAUUGGUUUGCACACCAUGAGACCAGAUGAUCCAGGUCAGCAUGGAGUCCUGGUGAGCCACCUUCCACCACCCAGGAGCUGCUGCAUCAUAAGUUAGCAGGAGACAGGAUCAGAGGGUGCCACAGAAGUGAAGCUUCACCUUUGUACCUCGAAGAAGAAAGGAGUCAUCAGCACAUGUCAAACAUUAUAUUUACCAC